AUGGCUAUGGCAAACAAAGCUAUCAAUCUUGCAAGUGUUGGCCCAGUUUUUCCUUCUUCUGUUGAUAGGCUGAAGAAGUCAUCAUCAUCAACCAGUGUUCAAAAGAAGUUGAGGGUGUCAAGAUUCCCAUCAGUGAAAGCAGUUCAAAGCCCGGUUGAAUCAGGUACUGGAAGAUGGGCCAGACAGAGACGACCCCAGAACGUAGAUGGAGACUUUUUUGUAGAUCAUACAUGCAUAGAUUGUGAUGCUUGCCGCUGGAUGGCUCCGCAAGUCUUCAAACGAGUUGACGGGAUGUCUGCAGUUUUUAAACAGCCAACUUGCAAGGAAGACCGAUUAAAUGCUCUCCAGGCCUUGCUUUCCUGUCCAACAAGCUCAAUCCGUACAGAAGUACCUCCUUCUGAUAUCCUAGAAGCUCAGAAGACAUUUCCAAUUCCAAUAGAUGAGAAGAAGCUUCCGGGUGUUUAUCACUGUGGGUAUCAUUCUGAGAAAUCAUAUGGAGCUGCUUCCUAUUUGAUCAUUCAUCCUGAAGGAAAUAUACUUAUAGAUAGCCCUAAAUUCACAGAGAGACUUGCACAGAAGAUCGAGAUGCUGGGUGGAGUACGCUAUAUGUUUUUAACCCACAAGGAUGACGUUGCAGAUCAUGGGAAGUGGUCAAAGCGGUUUAGUUGUGAUCGGAUUCUGCAUUCUCAAGAUGUCGAAGUUUGUACCACUGAUGUCGAGAUUAAGCUAGAGGGCACCGGUCCAUGGAGCCUUGGGGAAGACAUUAUGCUUAUACACACUCCAGGCCACACAGAAGGAUCGGUCUGCUUGCUUUAUAAGUCAGUUAAGGUUCUAUUCACUGGUGACCAUCUACUGAUGAGAGAAUCUGGGUUGGACAUAAUGGAGAUAUACAAUAAAUGUUCAGUUCCUACACAGCUGAAUAGCGUUGAAAAGUUGUUGGAGUUGGAGUUCAAUUGGAUAAUACCAGGUCAUGGUAGGAGAAUCGAAUUCAAAGAUGUUCAGGAGAAGAACACCAUUCUCGAAGCUUUUGUCGAGGAAAAGUAUACUCAGCAUUCCUCAGCUAUGAAUGCUAUUAGGAGUUUGCAUGUAUGA